GCGCUCAGCCCGCGACAGGUCUGGAAGUGCAAAGGAGGCAGGACAACGUUGCCCGACUGGAGCGGGGAAUGAUGGCGGUGAGCAAGAAGAAGGGACAAGUUUGAUACUGUAAAAAGAAACAAAAAGAAAACUGGAGCACUGUGGGCGAUCUUUCGGCGCCUAACACGAUGAAGCAAGUCGGAGAUGACUUCGCUGUGUGUGUUUGAUAGUUGAAACGACGGUGCUCCAGAGAAACUCCGCCGGACCCAUGGCACCGCUUGUGUAACGUUGAGGGAUAGUAGUUUACCAACAAUCAGCAAAAGUCUCUCCACACCCGGCUUUUUCUAAUCGGGCUGCAGUCGUAAACACGCAAAAAUGAUCAAAGGGGAAAGCAAAGGAGGCGAGAGGACCCUGAGGAGCGCGUCCCCCCACAGAAAUGCAUACAAGUCUGACUUCCACGCCAUUAAGUGCUCCUUUGAUGGGCCAAAAUCCGAGGGCGCCGCCAAAUCAUAUGCAAAUGGGUCCAGUGACACCCGGGAGGACUCGAGGGGGAGGCCUUUUGGCACCAGGGUAAACAAGAUAAAGAACAUAUUCCUACAGAUGGAUGGUCAGCAACAGGAGUGCCAAGAGGGGAAAGUGACUUUAAAGUCUGAAGUGCCCCCAGUGUCUCCGCCAAAGGUGCAAUUUCCAGUCAACACUCACAGAGCUAACUUCAACAGUGCUACAAGCCCAGAACCACACAGCUUAGAUAAAACACCCAAGGGGGAAGAAGUUGAGAUUGACAAAGUGGCUUUGGCAGAGAAGUUUUCUGUGACCAGAAAACUCUUUGAACGGGGCAUCAAAGAGCAGCCUGCAGUUGAAAAGCAGUCUCCAAACAGAGCAGUGACUCGUCUGUCCCUCGGAAGUGCCUCUGAUGAGGGGAAAAGCACAAGGAGAGUAUCUGGAUCAUCUGAGACCACUAUCAAAUCAGAGCAAACCCCUACAUCAACAGUUGAAUGUCAACCGGAUGAGAAGGCCGAUAGUGAGAAAAGGCAUGUGUCUAGAGUGUCAGUGAAUGCAGGACCCAUGUCCAAAAGGUUGGAGACUUAUAUGGCAGAGAAUGACUCAGAAUACAACAACACAGCUGCUGCAAAAGGAGAAACGGUGUCUGUUAAACAACACAGCGCCACUGAACACUUACUGCCUACCUCGCCAACAAGGGACAGCUUACACAAAUCUACUUCUCCUGUCAAAGAAGCCACUAACUGUACGCCUGUUACUGAUGCCACAAACAAAAAUGCCUCCCAGACGGCGUGUGCCAUUAACAAACCAGUGUCUAAUGUUGGGGUUAAACCAACAGUUCCCAACGCGGCAUAUAAAUCUGUUUCUCCAACAACUGACGCCACUCACAAACCCCUUUCACCAGAGCAAACAACCCCAGUUACCCACGGCUGCAAACGCUCCUCAUCAUCCGGUGAUGGAUUUAGCAGGACAUCUGUUGGUGGGGAUGAAGGCAAAACACAUAGUCCGCCCCCAAGGGAUGUGAAGCAGCCUCUUCCAUCAGCUGGUGGCCCCAACAGGGCUAAAUACCCUGAUAAGGCCAGCAGUAAUGACUGUAGUCCUACCAGGGUCAAGCCACCCAGCCAGACGUCACCACUGGACUCCAGAGGGGUGGGCAUGGUACGGGCAGAACUGGUAGUGGUUCAGAAUGAGUCCUCAGAGAGUGAGGAGAAUGAGGAUGAGCAUGUUGAAGAUAAUGUGUUUGCGGAGCAGAAGGUGCAAAGUCCCAAAGACGUACCGACAGACCUGAAAAGAACCUUUCCACCAGAAAGACUGAACUGUAAGCCUGCUCAUCAUGUCUUAGCAAGAGAUGUCGCAAAAGAGACGCAAAGGAUAGCAGAGACUACUGUGGGCGAAGGUAGAGUCUUGGAGGACAACGAGCGAUUUGGGUUGAAAGAGGAGAGACACGAAGAAAGUUUAGUCGUGAGUCAAGAUGGUGACGCUAGUCGCGAGGAAGACGAUGAGGUUGCAGAGGAGGAGAGCGAGGUUGAGGAGCAGGUGGGCCAGCGCAUCCUGGACAGAGCCUCACCAGUAGUGUACGGUAUCGAGAAUGCAGCGUUUGUAGAUGACAGAGAUGUGGACCAGAUCCUCAGGGAAGAAGAAGAGGAGGAGGAGGAGGAGGAGGAGGAGGAAGAAGAGCAAAUGUAUGAGGAGUAUGACGACUGUUACGAGGCCCCUGGUUUGUCUGAUGAGGAGGAACCUCCCUCCAAGAGGAAAAUCAAGUUCUCCACAGAUCCCAUUCUGGUCUUCAGUACUUUCUCCAAUGAGGAGUAUGAUCGGCGCAACGAUGAUGUGGAUCCAGUUGCAGCAUCUGCAGAGUAUGAGCUGGAGAAGAGAGUGGAGAAGAUGGAUGUGUUCCCUGUGGAGAUUGAGAAAGGAGACAAUGGACUUGGCAUCAGUAUCAUAGGGAUGGGAGUGGGAGCUGACCAGGGUCUGGAGAAGCUUGGCAUUUUUGUGAAAACCAUAACAGAGCGGGGAGCAGCUGAAAACGAUGGACGCAUACAGGUGAAUGACCAGAUAGUGGAGGUGGAUGGUAUCAGUCUGGUGGGCGUUACCCAACUGUUUGCUGCUACAGUCCUGAAGAACACCAAAGGCACAGUGAGGUUCAUGAUUGGACGGGAGAAACCAGGGACACAAAGCGAGGUAGCCCGCCUCAUAAGCGAGACACUAGAGCAGGAGAAGAACCAACAACAGCAACAACACAUGGAUGACCCCUAUGAACACUCCACAGAGGAGGAGGAGCGCUAUGAGGAGGAGGACGGAGUAGAUGAGCGGAUUCUGGGUUCCAAUUUCUCUCCAGGGCGGAACGCAGAGGUGUUUGGGCUCCCUGACUCAGAGGCUUUGUUUAUGCCAACCAACAUGGACAGCUCUCAGAUGACCUUCAAGUUCAAAGAGCUGCAGCUCCAGCACAGCAUUGCCGCAGCUGAAAUAAAUCAACUGAAGGAAAAGCUAAGGGUGUCUGAGGAGGACAAAUCAUUGUGGGAAGCCAGAGAGUCUGCACUGGAGCAAAAGAUCGAGGAUGGCAACGACAAAAUCCUGAAGUUGGAGAGUUACUGGCUAGAAGCCCAGGAUCUGUGUAAGAGUGUGAAUGAACAAUUAGCUGAGACUCAAGCCCAGUUUGAGACCCUGGACAAGAAGUACAACAAGGCUAAGAAACUGCUCAAGGACUACCAGCAGAAAGAGAUAGACUUUGUGAAGAAAGAGGAGGAGCUGAAAAAAAUUCUAGAUGAAAAAGACAAGUGGUACAGGGAGCAGCUGGAGACAUUACAGAACAGGAUAGCUGCCCUGGAGUCCGGAGGGGCCUCAGGUGUGGAGCGUCAGAGUGGUCAGGACUCAGCAGCACAGAAGAGAUUGAGCGGCCAAGACUCAGUCACCAACACACCAUCUGUUGACUCACUACUAGAACAAGACUGGAGUGACUUGGUCCCUGAGACUGAGCGUUUGGACACCAGUGCACACAAAGCAAAAGGCCUGCUGGCUCAGAAGGCCAAACGUCAGCCUCCAUCUCGGACCAAACUGAAGGAGAGCCUCGCAGUGAGUUCAAGUCACUCUCAGGAAACUGAAGAAGAGGAGGAGGAGCAGGAAUCUCGCAGGAGAAGGAGGUCCAUCCAGGAGAGCCUGUCCCUCCCGGUGCCUGUCUGCUAUCCUGGGAAUGGACAGAAGGAUAAUCCAGUGGAGUCUAAAGAUGGAUCCAGGAGUAAGGCAGAGCUCUCCAGCAGCCCGUCUUUGUCACCAUCACUGGGAGAUAGUGUUGAAAGCAGUGGGAGUCCUUCGUUGUCCCCUCCUAAAGAGACCUUGUCGCCACAUUCCCCCUCUGGAUUUAUGCGCAGUGCCAAGAAGAGGGAGUCCAAAGGCAAGGGCAAAGAGCUCAAAGAGGAGCUAAAUGAGGCCUCACCAACAGGAAAACCUAAAAGACGAUUUCCAGACUUUGGAGGCCUUCGGAAGUCAGGUGGCAAAGGCAAAAAACACGACAAGGAGGCAAUGAGAGCAUCUUUGGACAGCAGGGGAUCGGCAGAGUUACUGGAGGAGUCUGGAGGGAACCUCUCUCCUGCAGAUUCAAUGACCUCCAUCCCUACCUGUAUGCCCUUCUCCUGGUUUGGAGACAAAGAGAGGGACAGAGACAGAGAACCCUCAUCUUCCAGCAGCAGUCUGCCGUACGCUGCAACCGAGACCAGCAGUGAGCAAAGCCAGGAUCGCAAGAACAAGACAAAUCUCUCCUGGUCCUCUUUAUUCAGUCGCUCAUUAGAUUUGAGUUUUUCAGUCAUAGAUGAUUCUAGCCCUGCCAGUCCCAGUUCAGACAUCUCUGGGUUAGUUGCUGAACCCAAUCUGUCUGGGCGCUCACACACUUUAAUCUUCUCUUCCAGCGAGACUUUGGAUGAUGAACCGGUAGCUACAGGAAAAGAGUACCAGUGGCAGAACCGGCCUGUUUCUGAGUGGACCAAUCAACAGGUCUGUCACUGGUUGAUGGGCAUGAAUAUGGACCAAUACACACCUGAGUUCACAGCUAAGGGAGUGGACGGCCAGCAGCUCUUGUAUUUGGACAGUGACAAGUUGAAGGCACUCGGCGUGUCGAGUCAGAGCGACCGUUCAACUAUCAAGAAGAAGCUGAAGGACAUGCGUAAGACUCAGGAGAAGCUGGAGAAACAGAGAGAGAAAAAGGAGAAGGAGGUUCGACGCAGUGGGAGACUCCCAGUCAGUGCUGACUCUGUCUGCUGAGGUAGCAGCUCUGCACAACUCCUAAAGUCCAUCUGUAGCAGGAUCAUGAGCAGCCCCCCCCUUUUUUUUAUAUAUAUAUACACUUUUGGUGCCAUGACGUUCAUGUGACAUGGUGUUAAUGCCAACAGGCAGAGGGCGUGACUGCCAGGAGAGGACCUGUGCCGACUGAGGUGCUAGUUAUGAUUUAUGUUCAUACUGUAGCAUCCUGUUUCUUUUCUCAUCACUGUUUCUCUUUAAUAUUUUUAACACAUUUUCAGCUCAAACCAUUUUUAAAUGAAAGAUGGGGAAUGUCAAAAAGAGUUGGGUAUGUGACCAAAAAGGAAUCUUAACAUUUUUUACCACUAAAAAGCUAGAAGCUAUAAUUGUUUUCUGAUGUAGUUGUUGCAGAUCAUGCACACAUUUACCUAUGGAAGUCAAAUGUAUACAGCUUUUUCUGCAUUUUAUAUUUUUGCUAGUAUAACUUGCUUGUUCCCAUGUACAACUCUUUUACAGGAACGGUUAUUGUACAGAUAAAAGCACUAUAUUUGUCUUUUAAACUUCAAUGGGCGACAAGGUUUUAAAUGUAUAAAUAAGUUUUAUACAUGUGCCUAUUAACUGCAUAUCUUUUUUUUUUUUUACUUAAAUACCAUUGUUCAUUUUAUACUAUCGACAUUUUUCUACUAAGUAGAAUAGCUAGGCUGUUGUUGUUUUUGCUGAAUGAAAAGCAACAAACAAGUAGGGACAAGGUGAAUGCUGCUUCUGCUGUCCCCGGACUCUGGCUGUGUGUCGCUGAUGUGGUACCGAGACGCAGCACGCAGGUCUGCUACAUGUACACCUCACCGGUCCGUUAGGCGGUGAGACGUGCCAACGACAAGGACUUGUGUGAGUCGGGAGCACAGCGCUGUCGUGUAUGAAUGUGAGGCUGAACGAUGAGUUCUUCGCAGCCAAAACCGAAGUGCUUCCUCUCUUCCUCUCUUCAAGCAUGACUUCAUGUUCUGUAUAGAAUACGACAUGUUGGGACUGCAAGAAAAUCAAGUUUCCACAUCUUCUGAAUCAGAGAAACAUUUCUUGGUACAUAAAACAUCAAUAAACAAAUUUUUACUUUA